AUGGAAUGUGGCUACCUUCGUCUGAUGAAUGCUGGCAAUGAUAGCAUAUGUGCUUUCCUUCAUAUUAAAUGUUCUGAAUUGGUCUCGUGUGCCAACGAUAACCGAGCAUGCUAUCGACCUGAUUAUCUAUGUGUGAGUCAUCCGCGAUGUCAAACUGCUCCACUAUGUUAUCCAGUGGAUAAGGCACUUCAAGUUGUGUGUCCACCGAUGCUACCAGCAACAACGACUCUACCGCCAGUGGUGCCCGAUGAUGGCAUUUGUGAAAGUGCCACAUGGAACGUAACUGGAGUCACUGUAGCUGGUGGAAAUGGGGCGGGCUCCGAAUUGAACGAGCUCAACGGACCUCUUGGAUUAUUUGUGGAUGACGAUGCUGCCGUUUAUGUUGCAGAUACAUGGAACGAUCGAAUAGUCAAAUGGGUGCCUGGAGCAUCUAUUGGCAGUGUUGUGGCUGGUGGUAAUGGGGAAGGUAAUCAGAACAAUCAGUUAGAUCAUGUAGCAAAAGUUGUCGUUGCCAAGAAUGGAACCAUGUUUAUUUGUGAUCGUGGUAACUCGCGGGUUCAGCGAUGGUUUAAAAAUGAUGAGCACGGGCAAACAAUUAUUGCAAAUAUUUCGUGUUUGGGACUGGCAAUGGAUAAUGAAGGAUCCCUGUAUGUUUGUGACGGUGAAAGGCAGCAUGUAAUCAAAUGGCAUAGUAACGAUAUAGUUGCUGGUAAAAACGGAGAAAGACCUGAGAUUAAUCAACUAUUGGAACCUGUUCAUAUAUUUGUUGACCAAGAUAAGUCCGUCAUUGUGGCUGAUUUUCAAAGUGCUCGUGUGAUGAAAUGGCCAGUCGGUGUCAAAGAAGGUAUAGUUGUAGCUGGUGGUAAUGGAGAGGGAGAUGGUGCUAAUCAGUUGAAUGGAAUGAAAUAUUCAACAAUAAUGUUAAUCGUCAUACUACUAUAG